AUGUGUGCGGGCCGCCAGUGGGGCCGACCUGACGCUUACCUGAAAGCGAGGAAAUUAACAGAGCACAUGGGAAAAGGGCCCUCUAUCAAUCCGCCAGCUUCCUACAGCGAAGCAGGGUUUAUGGAGGCGGCAUGUGAAAUCCUGUUGCACCCUCGUGAAAAUGCCCACAUUAGCACAUACCACAAUGACGCAGACCCUACCCUGACAGAGGGGACCACCCAGGAAGCCAAGAUGGAGAGCAGCUGGGAAGAAUACUGA